CACUCUCCACGUGUUUUCCGUCUUUUUUCUUGCAGCGCGCAACACGUGUGGAGGUUGCUCUCACAGUAGUUAAACGUUGCAGACAAAUUGAAAUAAAAAUGGCCGACGUGGAGGUACGCAAGGAAAAGAAGAAGAAGAAGAUCAAGGAGGAGCCGGUGGAUGCCGAAGACAUUGGCACCUUGCAAAAGCAGGGCAACUUCCAGAUCAAGCCCUCCUCCAAGAUAGCAGAGCUGGACACCUCGCAAUGGCCGCUGUUGCUAAAGAACUUCGACAAGCUGAACGUGCGUUCAAACCACUACACACCACUGGCCCACGGCUCCUCGCCGUUGAACCGCGACAUCAAGGAGUACAUGAAGACAGGCUUCAUUAAUCUUGACAAGCCCUCGAAUCCCAGUUCCCAUGAAGUGGUUGCCUGGAUUAAAAAGAUCCUCAAGGUGGAGAAGACGGGACACUCGGGCACGCUAGAUCCCAAGGUUACGGGUUGCCUGAUUGUUUGCAUCGACCGUGCCACUCGUCUGGUGAAGUCCCAGCAGAGCGCUGGAAAGGAGUAUGUGGCCAUUUUCAAACUUCACGGUGCCGUCGAAUCUGUGGCCAAGGUACGCCAAGGCUUGGAGAAACUGCGUGGUGCUCUAUUCCAGCGCCCACCUCUUAUCUCCGCCGUAAAGCGUCAGCUUCGUGUGCGUACGGUGUACGACAGCAAGCUCUUGGAUUACGAUGAGAGCCGCAAUAUGGGUGUUUUUUGGGUUAGUUGCGAGGCCGGCUCCUACAUUCGUACCAUGUGCGUCCAUCUGGGUCUAGUCCUGGGCGUCGGUGGCCAGAUGUUGGAACUGCGUCGUGUCCGUUCGGGCAUUCAGUCUGAGCGCGAUGGCAUGGUGACCAUGCACGACGUUCUUGAUGCCAUGUGGCUGUAUGAGAACCACAAAGACGAGUCCCUGCUGAGACGCGUCAUCAAGCCACUGGAGGGUCUUCUGGUGAACCACAAGCGUAUCAUCAUGAAAGACAGUUCCGUUAAUGCCGUGUGCUACGGAGCCAAGAUAAUGUUGCCAGGUGUCCUGCGCUACGAGGACGGUAUUGAGAUCGAUCAGGAGAUUGUCAUCUGCACCACAAAGGGUGAGGCCAUUUGCCUGGCCAUUGCUCUAAUGACCACAGCCACAAUGUCGUCAUGCGACCAUGGCGUGGUGGCCAAGAUCAAGCGAGUGAUCAUGGAGCGUGAUACCUAUCCGAGCAAGUGGGGAUUGGGUCCGAAGGCUUCGGCAAAGAAGGCGCUCAUCGCCGCCGGAAAACUGGACAAGUUUGGCAGGCCCAACGAGAACACACCAAAGGAGUGGCUAACUGGGUUCGUGGACUACAAUGCCAAGAAGCCAGUUGCUGCUCCAGAGGCAGCAGCCCCUCCAUCUAAUGGAUCUAGCGAAGUCAGCAAGCGCAAGCUGAGCACCUCCAGUGUUGAGGAAUCGGCAGCAGCAGCCACCGCUGAGGAGACGCCAUCGAAGGGCGAGAAAAAGAAGAAGAAUAAGAAGAAGCACAAGGGCGAUGAAGAAGCCCCUGCUGAAGCAUCCGGUGAUGCUGAGCCAGCAGAAAAGGAGAAGAAAAAGAAGAAGAAGAAGGAUAAGGAUAGGGAUAGAGAAGCUCAGGAAUAAAAUGUUUCUAUAGGCUUAGGAUUUAUACAGAUCUCUACAGUUUUCCGUAGAGAUACCCUACAAUUUUUAGUUGCUAAGUUUAAGGAGUGUUUUUAUGUGUAGAGAUGCAAGAACGUUUUCAAAUGCAUUUAAGUGACAUUCGCAAUGCAAUAAAUGAUAUAUUUUAUUGUAAA